CUGAUCUGUGAGUGAGAGAGAGAAAGAGGGGAAGAACAAUGGCGGUGGAUGAUGGGUCGGAGAUGAGGAGGGUGUGCGUGGUGACGGGGGGGAGAGGCUUCGUCGCUCGGCACGUCGUAUCAAUGCUUCUGAAGCAACAGACCCCGGAGUGGGUCGUACGGAUCGCCGACCUCCGCCCGACCAUCGUGCUCGAACCCGACGAGGAGUCCGGCGUCCUCGGCGACGCCCUUCGGUCCGGCCGCGCUCUCUACCUCCCCAUCGACAUUCUUGACAGGGCCCAGGUCGUCCGUGCUUUCAAGGGAGCGAAUACCGUUUUUCACAUGGCUGCUUCAAGUUCAAGUAUUAAUAACUAUAAGCUUCACUCUUCUGUGAAUGUUCAAGGAACCAAAAAUGUUAUAGAUGCUUGUGUUGCGUGUGAGGUGAAGAAACUUAUUUACACCAGCUCCUCAACUGUUGUGCUUGAUGGUACCCAUGGGAUUAUUGAUGGCGACGAGUCAUUAACAUACCCAAAAAAGUACAUUGACCCUUAUGCAGCAACCAAAGCUCAGGCAGAAUCAUUGGUUUUACAAGCGAAUGGAAGAGGGGGGCUUUUAACAUGUUCCAUACGUCCAAGUUGCAUCUUUGGCCCCGGUGAUAAACUUUUCUUGCCUGUAACUGCUGCUGUUGCGAGGGCUACCAAUGCUAAGUUCAUAAUUGGAGAUGGAAAGAACAUAUUUGAUUUUGUUUAUGUUGAAAAUGUGGCACAUGCUCAUAUAUGUGCUGAGAAGGCAUUGGGGUUGGGUACAACUAUUGAAAAACAAGCUGCAGGAAAGGCAUUUUUCGUGACGAACAUGGAACCAAUGGUGUUUUGGGAGUUUAUCUCACUAAUUUUUGAAGCAUUGGGUUAUAAAAGGCCUAAAUAUCGUAUUUUCACAUCUUUUAUAAUGCCAAUUGCACAUAUUGUGGAAUGGACAUAUAAAUUACUAGCUCCAUGUGGACUGGACGUACCUCCAUUUACAUGUGCGCGAAUCAAGCAUAUCAUCUUUGACGAAACUUUCAACUGCACAAGAGCCAAGAAGUUGCUCGGUUAUUCACCAAUUGUUUCGCUCAAGGAUGGUCUAGAAAAGACAAUUGAGUCAUUCUCCCACUUGAGAGUUCAGAAUGACAAUAAGAAGAAAGAUGAACUGAAGGCCUUUUGUGGAUGUUGGAAGCGUUAAAGGUGUAUUGGAGUUCAUGACAUGCAUCACUCUCAAGAUCUGUUUUCUACAACAUUUAUG